AUGUGGAACAAGCAUCUUCCUCAGGUCCUUAGCAGUGGUCACUGUGCUUGGGAACCUACUCAUCAUCUUGACUGUCAGCUCAAACUUCCACAUACACACCCCCAUGACUUCUUCCUCCCCAACCUGUCCUUUGUAGACAUCUGUUUCAUUUCCAACAGCAUCCCAAAGAUGCUCUGGAAUAUCCAGACACAGAGCAAAGGUAUCACCUAUGAAGGCUGCAUCACUCAGAUGUACUUUUGCAUACUGUGUGCAGGAAUAGAUGACAUUUUCCUGAGUGGGAUGUCUUAUGAUCUGUAUGUGGCCAUCUGCCACCCCCUGCACUACACAGUCAUCUGCAGCCCCCGACUCUGUGGACUGCUGGUUCUGAUAUCCUGGAUGUUGAUUGCCAUGCAUUCCUUGCUACACAGUUUAAUGGUGCUACGAUUGUCCUUCUGUCCAGAAAUGCAAAUCCCCCACUUUUUCUGUGAACUCAGUCAGGUGGUACAACUUGUCAGUUCUGACAACUUUCUUAAUAACAUAGUGAUGUAUUUUGCAGCUGUCCUGAUGGGUGUCGGUCCUUUUGCCGGCAUCCUUUACUCUUACUCUAAAAUAGUUUCCUGCGUGUGUAAAAUCUCAUCAGCUCAGGGGAAGUAUAAAGCAUUUUCUACCUGUGUGUCCCACCUCUUGGUUGUCUCCCUGUUUUAUUUUAUAGCUUUUGGAGUGUUCCUUAGCUCUGCUGCUACCCACACCUCACAUUCAAGUACAAUUGCCUCGGUGAUGUACUCUGUGAUCACACCCAUACUGAACCCUUUCAAUCGACAGUCUGAGAAAUCUAGAUAUAAAGGGGGCUGUGAAGAGUUUAUGUUUGACACCAAGUAUAAAAGACAAAUUAUAAUAUUUCCCUGGAUUGCAUAA